CAUUCUCAAUUUAGUUUGAUGCAUACAACGAAGCAAUAAUGGCAACCGGCCGAAAGAAAAUACUUAUCUUAUUGUUGUCAUUGCUUCCAUCCAUUUGGACUCUAGAAGAAUGCUCCAUAUCCGGCAUUGACUUUGGAAAGACACGAUUCAGAAAUAUACCAAUUGAAGACACGAAACAUGGCAUUAUUGAGAAAUUCACGACAAAACUCGUUAAGGAUGUGAGCCUUGAAGAUGAGACUUAUUUGAAGAUCUCUCAUGACAAUGGAGAAAUGACAAUCAGGACUACCGACGAAUUUGAGCUUUACGAAAAGAAAGAGUUCAACACAUCGAUCAUCACCAAGUUGAACGUUGUUUGUGAUAAUCAAAGAAAGAUUACCCUCGACUUCGUUCAACCAAUUAUGUUUACAAAUAACAAUAAUCCGACAUUUAACGAGACGGAGUAUACAUUUGUAUUAUACAACACGGUUAAAGAUGGUGUAAAUUUGGGAAAAAUUGCGGAUAUUGCAGCAUACGAUUAUGACAUUGAUAUGACAUAUUUCUACUUUUCAACAGACGACGAUGAUUUUCGGAUUUCCUCAGGUGAAACGCACGAUAAAGCGGUCAUUGCUAACUUAUACGCCGAAAGGGAUCUUAUCCCACCAUAUAAGAAGACGUUUACAGUCAAAGUUCAUGAUAGUUUAUUAGGAGGUUCAAACACAGGUCUUGCAAAAGUCAACGUUGAAUUGAAAUUGCCAAACGAAAAAAUCGAGUUUACUAAAGAUAAUUAUGAAGGAAGUAUCGUAAAUAAUGUAAUCACAAUGAAAGAUCCGAUUACGUUGAAAAAUGGAAUUGACGACCAUUUACACAUCGUAGUAAUCUCAGAUUACAAAGAUUUUUUCUGGACUGACAUAAACUACAUGAAAGGAGAAAUUCAAUUGAAAACAGAUGGUUUACCUUUGAUGAGAUCUUUGAAGACCAUAGAUUUGACACUUCGCGUCUCUGAGAAUGGAAUGAACGCAACAACUAAGAUCAGUUUGAGGAGUGACAAGGACGUAGAAGAGAUUUGCAGACUUGGAUCUAUCGACUUGAAAUACGACACAAAAUAUAGGAACAAAAAGAUAAUUGACGAUACAUACGUCGGCUCUGUAGAAGUUUUUGAAGACACCCAAAACAUAGAGGACGUGAAAUGCUUCAAAACUAAAUAUUUGAGAUGCAAAUUCAAUAAAAAGGAUGAGACUUUGAGUAUUUACACCACCGAUGAAUUCGCUAAUUACGAGGAAACAGAAAAGGAGGAUAGGCUAGUUAUGACAAUGACUGUCACCUGCCGGGAUUAUACUAAAGAGAUUGAAUAUAUACAGGACAUAAAAGACAUCAACAACCAUAUGCCGGAAUUUAAGUUCAGGGAGUACAAUUACGUGUUCUACAAUCAGAUCCCGAAGAGGUUCAAAUUGGAUCAAAUGAUAGAGAUCGAGGCAGUAGAUCUCGACUUGGAUUCAUAUGGUAUGACCAUGGAAAUAGAGGAAAACGAUGCAUUUUCAUUGAGUAGUAAAUAUACCACGAAAGAGAAGACUAUUGCGGGAUAUUUGCAGGCAAAACGUGACAUUAACUGCACAUCAGAUAUUGAACUUGAACUUACGGUUAAAGAUAAAGAUCAAAAAAGCAGUACAGCUCUUCUGAAAGUGCACGUACUUCAAAAUAAGGACGAAGAAUUCGAGUUCACGAAGAACAAGUAUGAAGUGUACAUCGAGAACGGCACUAUUCACUACAUAGACGACAACAAGAUCCAGUUGGUCAAUGGAUUCGAUACUGAUAUUGUCUUUAAUAUUACAAAUCCUUAUCACUCUAAAUAUCUUCACUUGAUGCCCAAUUUUUUGAAAAACCAUCUGGAAUUGGAAAUCGUCGGGGAUUUGAAGGAACUGAAAGAGAGGUCUAUCAUUCUGACUGUAUUGGCAGAGUGGCGCGGAUUCUACGCCAUGAGCUUCGUAACGGUGUAUUUGAACGGAAAGCCAGCGCACAGUGACGGCAUCCAAUCUAACCUGAAUGGCUUCAUGAGAUGGACUAUGACUUCCACCAUAGCCCAAACCAUGAUUUGCUUGGUGACGCUAAUUGCAUUAGUUUCAAUGAUCAUUACACUUAACCGCUUCUUCAAGAAGAGAGAGAAUGCACCAAGCAAGCACGUUAUCGAUUGCAAGGUGUAAUCAAAUAUAAAAUAUAAUUAUUUUAAAAUGUAUCAUGAUAUUUGUUAAUAAUAGAUGUAUAAUAGAUGAUAUAUAAGUUGCAUUGA